UCCAGGCUAUGGCGGCUGCCGUUGCUCCUUGGGCUCCCGGCUUGUGGCGGGCGUGCAACGCCCUCAUGGCAGCCUUCUUCUCCCUGGCCGCCGUGGUGCAGGUGAACGAUCCAGAUGCAGAGUGGUGGGUGGUGGUGUACACGAUCCCAGCGGUACUUACCCUGCUGGUGGGGUUUAAUCCUCUUGUCACAGGCAACUUCGUCUGGAAGAGUGUAUCUACCGUACACAUGCUGUUUUGCAUGCUGUGGGCUGGUGGCUUGGCGUACCACUUCCUGCUUCAUGCACAGCAGAACAUCCUAAAUGAGGAAGAAGGCAGGGAGCUGUCUGGCCUGGUGAUUGUCACAGCGUGGAUGGCACUGUGCCACAGCUCAUCAAAGACUCCAGUUGGUGGAAGAAUGCACUUGGCUAUUGCCAUUGUAAUCACUCUUUUUCCACUCAUAUCAUGGGUCUACGUAUACAUAAACAAGGAGAUGCGGUCCUCCUGGCCAGCUCAUUGCAAGACAGUCAUUUAAGUGACUCCAAUAAUGUUAAAUUACCAUUUUUGACAUUCCAUACACAUUGGCGUAACAGGAUAGUUUCCCAAUUUAUUUGAAGAAAUCUGAGUGAAUACUAGAGAUGAUUUAAAGUCUUGAGAAUGUAACAUGGCUGCCCACAGAUGGAAGGUUGACUAGGACAGAUAGGAAGUGGGGUCUGAUUCUCUGGAAGUCUCUUCUGGGACAGCAGUGAAGCAGGCCCUAGGCAGAAAUCUGAGUUUGAAUCCAGCUUUAGCACUGUGGGAUGGGGGCAAAAAUCAUGAAUCUCCUGCUGGAUACUUCCUCAUGUGUAAAGUAGGAUGUCAGAUCAUCUUAGUUACUACAGUCAAGCUAACAUGGGGCCAGCGUGAGAAGAUCCCCUGUGUGAGGACUACAGAGGGCUGUGUGUGAUUACGGCAAGGGGUGAGGCUGGGUAGCAUGCUGACACUGAGUUAGGUCCAAGAUCACUGCAACCCCACACGAAUCUCCAAUAUAACCAAUAUACAGUGGUUCAGUCACUGCAACUAAGACAAACACUAGGACAGGCGAGCCAAAUGAUAGGCUUGCCUUGCAAUGGAAGUAGAAAAAAAAGCAAAAAGGAGAAAUUAAAGGAAAUAUAGAAAAGAUAAGUUUGGAGCUAAGCAAGAAUAGGGACUAUUAAUCAUAAUGCCAGUGGAAACUCGUAUGAAACCUAUCCAUUCUUUUAAUGAAAUUGAAGCCACCGUAGGGAGGAGAGCACUGCAGGGUGACACAAGUGACAGAACAGUCACGUGUUGUUACUGAGCACGUGACUUGCAGGGUGACUAAAGAAGUAAAAUUUGAACUUUUCUAACUUUUGAAGCAGAUACUUAACUGCCAGAAAGAAGUUAGGUGUGCAUGGAAUGUCUGUCUGUCUAUCUCUGUGUGUGUGUGUGUGUGUAUGUGUGCGCGUGUUCUUCAACUGUAAAUUUUGGUAUCUACUGUUGGGGUGAUCUUUUUGUGUACUGUGUAGAGGUUGACUUUGUGUUACUCAAAUGCUGAUUUCUAUACCAGCAGAGACCUGGUUACAGGCCGGACUUUGGUAUUACUAUUCUGUGGCUGCAUCAUAUCUUGUAAACACUCCCUUCAAUACCUUCUGAUUGGUUUAAUAAAGAGCUGAACAGCCUUAUAGCAAAGGCAGGAGAGGAAGGCAGGACUUCUGGGCAGAAAUAGGAACUCUGAGAAAAAAAAUCAAAGGAGGGAGGUUCACCAGCCAGAGACCGAGGAAAGGUCACAAGCCAUGCAGCAGAACAUAGAUUAAUAUAAAGAGGUUAAUUUAAGAGCUAGAUGGGGAAGAAGGCUAGGCUAAGGCACAACUUUAAUAACUGACACUCAACUUUAAUAAUUACAGUAUUUGCAGUAGUUUAGUGUUCAGAUGAAUGUGCUCCAGUGCAAAACAAAAGACAUUACCAACAUAAACACAGAAUGCAUGUUAUACUGAUUGUAUGCUGAAAAACUAUUUUGAGAUAAAUUGGGCUAAAUAAAAUAUAUUGAAUUUA